AUGGACGGGGAAGGUGGUAAAGGUGGGAAUUCCACCCUAGCUACAGGGAAUACAUCAGAUUUCGUAAAGAAACUCUAUCGCAUGUUAUCGGAGAAACAGCAUUCGCAUGUGGUCAGGUGGUCGGAUAAUGGUGGAAGUUUUAUUGUUUUUGAUAACGCAGAAUUUACCAAGAACGUUCUUCCGCAGCAUUUCAAGCACAGCAAUUUUGCUAGUUUUGUCCGACAGUUGAAUAAAUAUGAUUUUCACAAAGUCAGGGCUACGGAUGAAUCGCUGAUACAGAAUGGAGACCAGGCAUGGGAAUUCGUGCAUCCCAAUUUCAGAUUCGGGGACGACAGUAACCUCGAGGGAAUCAAAAGGAAAGCGCCAACUCAAAGAAACAAAAAGGAUUCAGAAGAGCCCCCGAAGCAGGAUGAGACACGGGAGGUCAUUGCGAAGCUCCAGGCGAGGUUGGAGCAGGUGGUCUCGCAGGUUAAUAACCUGGAGGAUUUAUAUCAUAAGGCGGUAUCGCAUAUGAGGUUCAUGAAUGGCAGUGGAUAUAUGCCCCCUCAAAUGCACCCGCACCACCCAGAACAUGAGAUACCGAUGCAUGUCUCCCCUCAAUUGAUGGCACACCAAAUGUCCCCGCACGGCGCCCCGCAAAUGCACCCCUCCACACCCCUCCAACAGGCCGAAAGAUUCAUACACCAACAGCAGCACUCAAAUAUCCCGCCGCCGCCGCCACCCCAUCAUCAGAAUGGAUACGUAGAUAUAAACGCUAAUAAUAUGAAUAACGCCAACAACACGGCUAUAAACCUCAGUGGGUUCGGAAACACAGCCGCACAAUCCGGAGUCCCGUUGCAUGCUACGGAUCCACAGAUUUCAACUACAUUCCGACAAGAAACUCGACGACCGAUGGGGACGCGGAAGAAGAGUGCUAGUGGUGUUGUACCGCAUUGGAAACGGCCGCCGAAGAUUUUGCUGGUGGAGGAUGAUCCUACUUGUCGUAAGAUUGGGCUUAAGUUCCUCGAAGCGGUAGGGUGUUUGCCGUUUUACGCUUGUGACGGUUUGGAAGGAAUUCGAAAGUUUCAAGAUCUUAAUGGGCCUCACUACGAUUUAGUCCUGAUGGAUAUCGUAAUGCCCCAUCUUGACGGAGCCAGCGCUUGUGGUGAAAUCCGAAAAGGAAGACCGGACAUGAAAGAUCCUCCUGUUAUCGCCAUGACAUCGAAUAUCAGAACUACAGAUAUAAAUCUAUACUUCAACUCUGGCAUGAUCGACGUCCUCCCAAAACCCUUCACCCGCGACGGUCUCCUCCAAACCCUUCAAAAAUGGCUCCCCCAUCUACAAACCAAUCCAACCGAAUCCUCAUCAAAAUCCAGCAGCUCCUUCCCCACACCCGGUAGCUCCAAAGCAAGUAACUUCCCACAGAAUAACAACAAUAACAACAAUAAUAGUCCAAUCUCAACCUCCACCCCAGCACCUCCUCAGCAGCAACAGCCACCACAAGCAUCUAAUUCCCCGGUUCUAAAAACCGAAUACGAUAACACCACAGCUUCGCACAUGGAUGAUGUUUCUGACGACGAAGAUGAUAGGGGCGGACAACAUACCCCGGAUAGUUCGGUAGGCGGUCGAGUAACUUCAUCUACAAUGAGCGGCGGCGGCGGCGGCGGCGGCGCAGCAAACCAUCUACACGCCGCGCCCCCGGGACAUCCUCAACAGCAGCAACAACAUCCACACCAUCAUCCACACCAUCACGGUCAUCAUCCAAGCGGAGACUAUACAUUUGGAGAACCAAACGGUCCGCCAAGUGGAUAUGGAAAUCCGGGAGGUAGUGCUGGUGCUGGUCCUAGUCCUGGUGCCGCCGGCGGAGUUGAAGGUGAAAUGUUAAAUGCUUCGGCAGGGAUAUAUACACCUGGACUUGUGGGAUUAGGAGGACCACCUCCUGGGGGGAUGGCAUCACCUAGAGGAGGAAUCAGGAGACAGGUGGAUGCGGGGAUUCAUGAUGAGUAUGAUCCGAGGAUGAAGAGGAUGAGGUAUAAUAAUGCUGCCUAA